GCCACAUAGUUACCCUGAAUGUAGUGUUGCUGUAGAGCCGUUAAAACGUUUCUUUGUUGCAUUAAAUAAUAAUCUCUCACAUAAUCUCCGAGCCGGAGGAUGUGUUGCUUCAUAAAGUUUCGUGUUGAUGAGUUGACGCUAGUUCUUUGCUCCUUGUGGACUCAGAGGUGUGAAGGGGAUGCUCUGAAGGGGCUGGUCCACUGAUGCAGGUCUUCUAGAGGGAGCACGAGCCACAGAGAGCAGUAAGUGACCGACCUUUAGUGUAACUCCUUCCCGUGGAUGCCAGUGGAGGAUGCGCAUGGAGUGACUUCCAGCCGCAGCGCGUCGGGUCCGCGUCCCUCGGAUCAUGUGGAUCAUAUUGGCGUUGGUUCUGGCCGCGGCGGGUCCUGAUGGGAGCGGCGGCUGUCAGCUGCCCCGCGACUGGAGGCAGCAGACUGAAGCGUGCCGUGCCGAGCUGGCCCAGAUCAUCGUGUUCGCCAAGGUGCUGGCGCUGCACAAGGAGCUGUACAACGUGUAUGACAACUACCUGCCGGUGCAGCCGUCCGACACCGAGCUGCUGUUCUCCGCCGAGAUCGAGCUGCUGUGCGACCAGGCGUGGGGCAGCAUGCUGGAGGUCCCGGCCGGGUCCAGGUUCAAUGUCACGGGUCUGGGCUACUUCACCUGCUUCUCCUACAGCGUCACCACCAACAACAACUACUACUUCUUCCUCAGGAUGGAUGAGAACUACAACAUCAUCCCUCAUGGAGUGAACUUCCAGGACCCCAUCUUCCCCGACACUGCGGAGAACCACCGGACGUUCGCCAGCCUGUUCCAGUUCGCCAACUGCACGGCUGGUACGCAGGUCCACAGCUACGCCCCGGAGUGGGAGGCCCAGGAGGACAGCCGGCUGCUGUGCUCCGCGGUGCAGAAGGCUCUGUUCGAGGAAGAGGAGAAGGUCUGGACUCUGUCCCAGAAGGUGCGCUCCUUGGAGAAAGCCAACGACCAUCUGAGGGAAAGGGUGAAGAGCAUGAAGCGUCUGCUCCGCCAGGCCCAACGAGAGACCCCGAAGGAGCAGCAGACCCUGGGCCUCAAAAAGCUCUACGAGUCCAAGACGCCCCGAGCGCACCCCGAUCAGGACACCCUGGACCAGAGGAGCCAGCGCCUGAAGAAGGUCCUCUCCAGGACACUAAAGAACUAACCGUGCUGGUCCGCUCAGAGGAACUCAAUGUCAACACGUUCUGGUCUUCAACACAAUUAAAAUGCUUAUUGAAACAUGUGGCUUUCCUUUGACCUUUGACCUCGUUGGUGUUCCCAGAUGAACUGAAGGGAAGAAGAAGACUUUACAUGUUUCCUCAUCCUCAUCUCCUCAACUCUUAUUUCACCCACUAGGACGGUUUCCUCUGCAUAACUUCUACCGUUGUCUUUCGUUAACUAAUUCAUCUCCAAACAUCGGACCGAGCUCUCGGACGCAGUCUUGAACAAUGUGUGGACAACAUUUAAUAUCUUCUUUCUUUCUGUGCUGGACACAUUAUGCAUUGCAUGAACAUUAAAGUAGUUUUUCUUCAGAAAUACUCUCGUUAAAUUCCUUUGGACAUGAAGGCUUCUUCCUCCUCUUGCUCUGACUGCUGAAUGACUUUAUGAUAAAUCAUCUUCUUUUAUAUCUAUUUUUAACCGGUGAAUUGUUUCUCCCCACGUGUACGUUUAUGAGUAUGUUCAAACACAUUGUACUGAAUGAAAGAGUGCUGAGCAUUCAUAUCUGGUGUGGGACAGGAUUGGCUUUUUCUGUGUCAGAAAUUACAGUUUUGCAUUUGUUAUAUUUGAUGUAUUUGCUUUUAUUAUUAUUGUUGCUUUCUCUUCACUGCAUAUGGUUUUCUUUGCCAUCAUCAUGCAAUCAUUUGUUAAACAGCUACUGUAUUUUUUUAAUUAUAAAUAAAUGAGCUUUUACC